AUGACAAGCUGGGAACCCAAUCAGGACGAACUUCAGCAGGUUCUCGCGCUUCUUCACCACUCAACCUCAUCUGACACAGAAGUUCAACGCUCAGUGCAGCAAAGGCUAGAUCAACUCAAUAAUCAUCAGCAGUUUUGCUGUUAUCUUGUUUAUAUACUAAGUUCAUUAGCCAGUUCAGAAGAGCAAUCACGCUCGUUGGCUGGUCUUAUUCUAAAAAAUAAUAUUCGAAACCGUUGGUCGCAAUAUCCGGACGAUAUUAAAAAAUAUGUCCAGCAAGAAACAUUACGGAGUAUCGCUGACAGUUCUCAAUUGGUCAGAGCAACUGUCGGAAUUAUAAUUACAACUAUUGUCAUGGAACAAGGAGUUAAUGGAUGGCCAGAUUUGUUACCAACAUUAAAGCAAAUGCUAGAAGAAGAGGGUAACCCCUACAUGCAAGAAGGAGCUAUGGGUGCCAUACAGAAAGUAUUUGAAGAUUAUGGAGAUAGAUUGCAAAACGAAACAGCUCAACCUCUCAUGAUUCCAAUUUUGAAAUUUUUCAACUCAGCCAACGCAAAAAUGAGAGGACUAGCUAUGAGCUCAUUCAACAGCAUUCUGAUGAUCAACAAUGAUCCUAUAACACCCAUCAUUGAUCAAUAUCUCCCAUGUUUAUUCCAACGAGCUCUCGAUACAGACGAAGAAGUGCAACGGCAGCUCUGCAGGUCUCUUUGUCUAUUAUUAGAUGGUUUCUUACCAAACCUCGCUCCUCAUUUCCCAAAUGUUAUCGACUAUAUUAUUAUUAAAACAGGGGAUCCAAAUGAGACAAUAGCUUUAGAAGCCUGUGAGUUCUUCCUCUCACUCGCAGAAAAUCCUGAUGUCUGCAAACCCGCUCUGUCUGAAGUUUUGUCUAAACUGAUUCCCGUUCUUGUGAAAUGUAUGCGAUAUUCUGAAGAGGAUAUAAUUUUGUUCAAGGGUAAUUGUGACGACGACAGUAUGGUCCCAGAUCGCGAAGAAGACAUCAAGCCACGAUUCCAUAAAGCCAAGGAAGUGGGAACGGGAGAUGACGAAGAUGAUGAUGAUGAUGCUAUUGCCGAUUGGAAUAUAAGACGAUGCUCAGCAGCCUCUCUCGAUGUGCUGGCAAAUGUAUUCCGGGAUGAACUUCUUCCGGUCAUUUUGCCAAUUAUCAAAGAAGCCCUUUUCCAUCCUGAAUGGGAAGUGAAAGAGUCAGGAAUUUUGGCCUUGGGAGCUAUAGCAGAAGGAUGCACACAAGGCUUGGUCAGGUUUUUGCCAGAACUUGUGCCAUUCCUGCUUAACAUGCUACAAGACACAAAACCACUCGUUCGUUCCAUCACUUGUUGGACAUUGUCUAGGUUCUGUAGUUGGGUUAUUGAUGAAGCAGCCGAUUCUUUCUUCUAUCCUUUGCUAAACGGGCUCUUACAAAGAAUUCUUGAUAAUAAUAAGAAAGUCCAAGAAGCCGCCUGCAGUGCGUUCGCUGUCUUUGAGGAGGAAGGAGGAGACUUCUUGAUUCCAUAUUUACCUGAAAUCAUCACCACACUUGUCAAGGCUUUUUCGAUUUAUCAGGCUCGAAAUUUGUUAAUUCUGUAUGAUGCUGUUGGAACUCUCGCCGGAUCAGUUGGAUCAGCUAUGCGGAAUCCUGCGUAUGUACAAUUGCUCAUGCCUCCUUUAAUGGAGAAGUGGAUGCGAUUGGGCAAUGAUGAGAAGGAGUUGUUCCCAUUGCUCGAAUGUGUUUCUGCCAUCGCAACAUCAACAGGCACCGAGUUCAUACCUUACACUGAGCCAGUGUUCAACAAAUGCGUUGCCUUGAUCGAAAAAUCAAUGGAGGCUUGUAUCAAAGCUUCUCAACACCCUGAUCAGUUCGAAAUGCCAGACAAAGAUUUUCUUAUUGUUGCUCUUGAUCUGCUCUCCGGUUUAGCUGAAGGUCUGUCGACUGGAAUUGAACCUUUAGUUGCAAAUAGUAAUCUCAUUCACUUAGUUGUAGCCGCAGCCAUGGACGCUUCUGGAGAAGUCAGGCAGAGUACUUUCGCUUUGUUCGGUGAUUUAGUCAAAACCUGCUGGGUACACGUCAAACCUUACUUAAGCACCUUUGUACCGGUUUUAACUCUCAGUUUUGACGUUGCUCAUGUAUCCGCUUGUAACAAUGCGGUAUGGGCUUUUGGAGAAAUUGCUAUUCGAGCUGGUCCAGAGCUUCGGCCCUUUGUGCCUCCAAUCCUUCCUUGUCUCAUAUUCAUUAUGAACAAGACAGAUUUACAAAGAACCUUAUUAGAGAAUACAGCUAUAACAAUUGGAAAGUUAGGGAUAUAUUGCGCCGAAGAUGUUGCUCCUAUGAUGAGUCACUUCAUAAGGAACGUCUGUAUGAGCUUGAGGAACUGCAGAGAUAACGUAGAGAAAGAAAGUGCCUUCCGUGGCUUGUGCACAAUGAUUAAUAUUAAUCCCCAAGGACUCAUAAAUGAUUUCAUAUUCUGGUGCGAUGCCAUCGCCUCUUUUCAAACUCUCAAACCUGAUCUUAAAGAAGUUUUCAUCAGAAUACUUGAAGCAUUCCGCAAUCAUUUGGGAGAUGAAAACUGGAAUUCCUACACUUCGCAGUUUCCAAUGCCAUUACGGGAAAGAUUAGCUAAUUUAUACAAUAUCUAG